UACCGUAAGAGGGAGUUGGGACCCAGAUCUUUCCAGUUAAUCACACAACAAACUUAGAUCAUCGCAAUAAAAACCAGCUCGGCUCACUCUGCCUCCUCUAGUGACCGGCUGUGCACAGGGUCCUUCCGAGGAGCCAUCUCCUCGCCUCCUCCCCGCCAGCCGCCGGGGGGGCCGCCAGCACCAUGUGGGCCACCCAACUCCUGCCAGCCUUGCUGCUUCACCAGCUGCUGCUGCUUCCCACCACCACCCCUGUGGCAGAGGGUAAAGGAAGAAGGAGAAAUCCUCUUCAUGACUUCAAAAAAACAGGAGAGUUGAUGCUCAUUAAAGUAAACAAAACACUGGAAGUAAAAACCAAGCUGUUAAAUACCACUGAGCAAUGUGCCAAGAGAUGCAGCAGGAACAAAGGCCUUUCGUUCACUUGCAAGGCCUUUGCGUAUGACAGAGUUACAAAACGGUGCCAUUGGUUAUCCUUCAACAGCUUGACAAAUGGUGUGAGAAAGAAGCAAGACCAUGCGUUUGAUCUGUAUGAAAAGAAGGACUAUGUCAGGAAUUGUAUCAUUGGAAAAGGAGCAGACUACAAAGGAACGAUAUCUGUUACCAAAAGUGGUAUCCAGUGUCAAGCCUGGAAUUCAAUGAUCCCCCAUGAGCACAGCUUUUUGCCUUCGAGCUAUCGGGGUAAAGACCUGCGGGAAAACUACUGUCGAAACCCCCGAGGGGAAGAGGGAGGGCCCUGGUGCUUCACCACUAGCCCAGAGAUACGGCAUGAGGUCUGCGACAUCCCUCUCUGUUCACAAGUUGAAUGCAUGACCUGCAAUGGAGAGAAUUACAGAGGGCCAAUGGAUCACACCGAGUCGGGCAAGGAGUGUCAGCGCUGGGAUCUUCAGAGACCACACAAGCACAAAUUUCGUCCAGAGAGAUAUCCUGACAAGGGCUUUGAUGAUAAUUACUGCCGCAAUCCUGAUGGCAAGCUGAGACCAUGGUGCUACACUCUUGACCCUAACACCCCUUGGGAGUUCUGUGCAAUUAAAACGUGUGAUGAAAGUGUCAUGAACAGCACGGAGGUGGCAGCUGAGAUGACAACAUGCAUUCAAGGACAGGGUGAGGGGUACCGUGGCACGGUCAACACCAUAUGGAGUGGAAUCCAGUGCCAGAGGUGGGACUCCCAGUUUCCUCACCAGCACAACAUUACUCCAGAGAACUUCAAGUGCAAGGAUUUGAGGGAGAACUACUGCCGAAAUCCAGAUGGAUCUGAAUCACCCUGGUGUUUUACCACUGACCCAAACAUCCGUAUUGGUUAUUGCUCCCAGAUUCCUAAGUGUGAUGUAUCAAAUGAACAAGAUUGUUAUCGUGGCAAUGGCAAGAGUUACAUGGGGAAUCUAUCCAAGACAAGAUUUGGGCUAACUUGCUCCACAUGGGACAAGAAUAUUGAAGACUUACGUAGGCAUAUACAAAUAUUCAGAGAACCAGAUGUUAGUAAACUGAAGAAAAACUAUUGCCGCAAUCCAGAUGAUGAUUUUCAUGGUCCCUGGUGUUACACAGAUGAUCCUCUCGUUCCCUGGGAUUACUGUCCUAUUUCUCGAUGUGAAGGUGAUACAACUCCUACUACAACCAGCUUGGAUGAUACUGUCAUUCCUUGUGCCUCAACAAAACAUUUGAGAGUUGUAAAUGGAAUCCCAACACAAACUAACGAAGGAUGGGUGGUUAGUUUGACAUACAGGAAUAAGCAUAUCUGUGGAGGUACUUUGAUAAAGGAAGAAUGGGUUCUAACAGCGAGGCAGUGUUUCCCUUCUCGGUACAAAGAUUUGAAAGACUACAAAGCCUGGCUUGGAGUCCACAAUAUCAAAGGAAAGGGAGAGGAAAAGCACAGACAAAUUCUGAAUAUCUCCCAGUUGGUAUAUGGCCCCACAGGGUCAGAUUUGGUCUUACUGAAACUUAGCAGACCUGCCAUAUUGACAAAUUUUGUAGAAAUAAUCCGAUUGCCCAUUUCUGGAUGUACCAUUCCAGAGAAGACCAGCUGCAGUGUUUAUGGAUGGGGAUACACUGGAUUAAUGAACUAUGAUGGCCUUCUCCGGGUAGCAAACCUGUUUAUUUUGGGAAAUGAGAAAUGCAACCAAUAUCUCAAAGGGAAGAUCACUGUGAAUGAGUCAGAAAUCUGUGCUGUGGCUGAAACCAUUGGUGCUGGACCUUGUGAGAGAGAUUAUGGGGGUCCCUUGGUUUGCGAACAAAACAGGCUCAAGAUAGUAGUUGGUGUCAUUGUUCCUGGCCGUGGAUGUGCCAUUCGAAAUCGUCCUGGAAUUUUUGUACGGGUCUCAUAUUAUUCCCGGUGGAUACACAAGAUUAUGAUGACCUACAGAAAACCCUGAAAAACUCAUCAACUUCCACUCAAAGAAAAAUUUUGGACACCAUGGAAUUAAUGUGUAAUGUAAAGAUCAACAGUUUUUUUACUACUUGAUAGUCACAUUUGUUGAAUUUCUUUUAAUAUUUAUGGGUGUUUUUUGGUGUUUUUGUCUACCAGUGUUGUUUUAUAAUUGUUGGAGUGACUUACAGUAUAUGCAAGUAUGGUGACAUAUCUCCUGAAGAUACUUGAAUGGGUAAACAAUUUUGCGAAGAUAUUAUUACUGGAUGAUAAAUGGUUUUAUAGAAAUAAAUCAUAUGACCUCUUUAAUGCUGCUCUUCAGAUUAUCUUAGAAGGAGAAAAAAAUUGCGGUUUUAUUUAAUACAUCUAAUUCUUUCUGUGAGCCAUAUAUUUCUCUUCAUAUAAGAUGAAAGACCAACUGAGAGAAAUAUGCAUCUGUUAAGGACAGCACAUGUGAUUAUAGUUCUCUUCCCCCCCUUAUAGAGGUCAAAGAUUUCAAUAUUUCAUUUAAAAUAAUCUCUUUAGAAAUUAAUAUUUUAAUUAUUGAUGGACUCUGACAAGUCUGUCAUAAGCAGAUUUCUCAUCAAAUUCAAUAUCAAUUCCUUUUACACAGUGCUUAUAUACUAGUUCUGUACUUGAUUCCUUCAGGAUAUAUGUGGUCCCCUAACGGAUAUCUCAAAAACCCUU